GACACACCGCUUUUUUGGCAGUUUCUUGUUCCCAGCAGUCCCCUUCCUCUUGCUCUCUGCUUCUGUCCGUAACAGAUCUCACUAUUUAGACUUUACAAACUCCACUCUCUCUCUCUCUCUCUCUCUCUCUCUCUCUCUACAACACUUUUAGUUUAUUCUCUACUUGCUGGGUUCCUCACUCUUUCUCUCUCUUUCUCUCUCUCUCUCUGAAGAGGCGUUUACACCCACUAUCCUUUUCUCUCUCUAAAUAACUUCUUGUUUUUCUUUGUGGGCUUUUUCUCUACCAUCGUUUUCGUGAAAGAAACCCAGGUGGUGAAGUGCAUGUGAAGUUCAGAUAGAGAGAGAGAGAGAGAGAAAGAGAGAUCUGUGAUUAUCUUAUUCUUGGAAACGGCUCAUUUGCCUUUCGGGUUUUUCAGGUGAACCAAGCAACUCAUACUUCCCUCUUUACUUCUUUCUUUUUCUCUAUCCAUUUUGUCUCCUGUCUGUAUCCAUUUCCUUGUAAAGCUAUGAUUUUUUUAAGGCUAGAAGCGAGGAGAUUGAGGUUGGGCAACAUGGGUGUUUUCGUUUUAGCUUUUUGGGUUGUGGUUUGCAUAUGCAAGCUAAAAGGGUUUUGCCGAUAAUCAAUGGCAUUUGAAGUAGAGACUUCUGGUGCUGACCUAUUGCUUUUGGGACUUUGAACUUUUUUCCCUUUGAUUACAUGGGGGCUGGGGCUUGGGUGGUGAUGCUGCUACUUUUAUAUUGAUGGUUCUUGCGGUUUUAUGAUGACUAAUGAGUAAUUUGAUUAUUUUGGAGGAAUUUCUUUUGUUUGUUUGUCUUUUUUUGUUGUUGUUGUAGUUGAAAAGAUGUUUGUUAACAUUUGAGACUGUGGCUUAGAUGGAGGGUCUCUGAGAGCUUGAAUUUUGGUGGCUUGGCAGCCGGGAUUAAGCCAUUGGCAUGAUGAAAGUAAAUCAUGGCGAGGAAUUUUAUCCAUCAUGAUGCUGUAAUCAAAGAAAUAUGUCAUAUAUUUGGAUAUGUUUCCUUAAUCCACAAAAGAUUCUGCUGUUGGGCACUUUAAUGGUCUGAUCAUGACCAGGGCUGUUCGUGAUAAGAUUUUAAAGGAUGUGAAUGGUGAUAUCAGUGAUCAUCUGCGCAACCACAUCCACUUGACCAACUGCAUUCACUUGAAGAACCACAUGCAUAAGCAGAGCCCUAUAUUGGCCGAUAGGGCUCUUAUGAGGGACCUUAUUGUUCUUCAGAGAUCACGUUCGCUCAGAGAUCCUUCGGCUAGUCCUCCAUCAUGGCAUUCACCCUCUGUUGUGGAUAUGCUUCCCAAGAAAGGUGAUAAUGAUGCCUCAAUUCCAGAAGGUAGAAGAUCAGUUGGCAUUGAGCGUCACAGAGAAAGUAGGAGGUUGUCAGGGAGCUCGCCUACCAUACCAAAUUUUGGAACAUCAAAGGUUGCUCCUGGUGAGGCUGCUGUUGGUAUUGAUGGAGUGGCAACAGUUAGUGAUCGUAGUAGCAAGAGUGGGGUUCGAGAUGGUAGAAGAAUUAGGAGGGAAGAAUCAAACUUAAAGAGUAAUAGAACUGUUCCUUUGAGUGGCAAUAAAGAGCUUAUGAAAGCUCAAAAUGGAGGGGCUUUAGUUCAUGAUACUGUUUCUGGAAAUUCUGAAUCUAAAGAUAGACAGAGUAAAAAAAAGGGGAAGCAUAAUCAAAAUUUUCAAAUUAAGACCCUCUCUGAGCAGUUGAAUGAUAUGCCCAUGGAUAGUGAUGGUGUAGCAUCUUCUAACAUGCAUAAUCAUAGGAGGCACUCAAAACAGCCAAAACCUGUGGAGGAACCUGAUGCCACAAAUUAUGGUUACUCAGGUGGAUUGAAUAGGUCAAAAAGGAGGAAAUUUCGAGGGCCUAGGAGAACACGGGCUGCUCCACCUUCAAGAGAUGUUGGAGGUCAGAAUGAAUUAUCCGUGGCUUCUAAUUCAUUGGCUCACGGUUCAGCAUGUCCCAAAUAUUACAUGGAAGAAGAAGAAGGAUAUAGAGACCAGAACGUCACAAGGGCGCCGAGAAAUGGCUGUGGGAUUCCCUGGAAUUGGUCAAGAAUUCAUCACAGGAGUAAAACUUUCCUGGACAUGGCUGGUAGAAGCUUAUCUUGUGGUCUUUCAGACUCAAGGUUGAGGAAAGGGGCUACCAAUGGAAGGGAUGUUCCUGAUAUGCCUGUGGCAUCGGAUUACUCAAGCUCAUCUAGAAAGUCUGAUGCAGAGGCUCUGCCGCUGCUAGUUGAGGCAUCUGGAUCUCAAGAGAGCACUGAAAAUGUAGCUUGGGUGCACGACUAUUCUGGGGAACUAGGUAUAUUUGCUGAUCAUUUACUUAAGCAUGAUGUUGAUUCUGACCUUGCUUCCGAAGCUAGAUCUGGAGAUCAGCACAGGUUUAAGAGUAAUGGCAAUGGUCGGCACCAAAGUUUGACUCAAAAGUACAUGCCAAAAACUUUUAGAGAUCUUGUGGGACAGAAUUUGGUGGUGCAAGCUCUUUCCAAUGCCGUCAUGAGAAGAAAGGUUGGCUUGCUGUAUGUUUUUCAUGGACCUCAUGGGACAGGGAAAACCUCCUGUGCUCGCAUAUUUGCCAGAGGUUUAAACUGUCAUUCUCUGGAACCUCCUAAACCUUGUGGCUUUUGUAAUUCUUGCAUUUCACAUGAUUUGGGUAAAAGUCGUAACAUACGGGAAGUAGGUCCUGUCAGUAACUUUGACUUUGAGGGAAUGAUGGAUCUGCUUGACAAUAUGAUCAUCUCUCAGUUGCCAACCCAAUACAGAGUGUUUAUUUUUGAUGACUGUGAUACGCUAUCAUCUGAUUGCUGGAGUGCCAUAUCGAAGGUGAUUGACCGGGCACCUCGACGGGUGGUUUUUGUCCUUGUCUGCUCGAGUUUAGAGGUUCUGCCUCAUAUAAUCAUAUCUAGGUGUCAGAAAUUCUUUUUCCCAAAGUUGAAGGAUGCAGAUAUUGUCUAUACGUUGCAGUGGAUUGCGUCAAAGGAGGAUAUAGAAAUUGAUAAGAAUGCAUUGAAACUCAUUGCAACAAGAUCCGAUGGAUCAUUGAGGGAUGCCGAGAUGACUCUUGAGCAGCUGAGUUUACUUGGACAGAGAAUUUCGGUUCCACUGGUUCAGGAAUUGGUUGGGCUUAUCUCUGAUGAAAAGUUGGUGGAUCUUCUUGAUUUAGCAUUAUCUGCAGACACAGUAAACACUGUGAAGAAUUUGAGAGUAAUAAUGGAAAGUGGAGUGGAGCCUUUGGCAUUGAUGUCACAGCUUGCAACAGUUAUAACUGAUAUACUUGCUGGUAGUUAUGACUUUAUGAAAGAAAGGCACAGAAGGAAAUUCUUUCGCCGGCAACCGUUGUCCAAAGAAGAUAUGGAAAAACUACGCCAGGCUCUGAAAACUUUAUCUGAAGCAGAAAAACAACUAAGGACAUCAAGUGACAAGUUAACAUGGUUAACAGCUGCGUUACUUCAACUUGCUCCUGAUCAGCAGUAUAUGAUGCCUAGUUCAUCUGCAGACAGUAGUUUCAAUCAGAGUCCAUUGACUACAAAUAAUGCAGGAGGAAGAGAAAUUACAAGGAGAGGAGGUGAGAAUGCUGGGAUGCUUAACUGUGAGAGAGGCUUUUCAACAGAUGUUAGACUGGAAAAUUUUGUUGCUGGAAGUUCUGGUGAUUUCAUUGACAAUGCAAAAAUGAAAGGCAUCAGAAUCGAUAGAAAAAGACAUGCUGGGACUGGAGUGGCUCGUCAACCUACUGGGAUGAUCCGGAUGGCUGGAAAUCCGGCUUUAGGGAAAAGCCGGAAUGGACUCGAAGAGAUAUGGUUAGAAGUUCUUGAGAAGAUUCAAAAUCAUAGUAUAAAGGAGUUCCUAUCACAAGAAGGAAGGCUUAUCUCCUUCAGUCUUGGUGCAGCUCCAACUGUGCAACUGAUGUUCAGCUCGCAAUUGACCAUCAGCACAGCAGAGAAAUUUGGAGUCCACAUUUCACAAGCAUUUGAAUCUGUUUUUGGAUCCCCAACUACAAUUGAAAUGAGAUGUGAGUUGAAGAAAGAUGCAAGAACUGGGUCUGACAUGCCUCUUAUUUUACCAGCUUCAAAGAGUGGUUCAUCUCACAUGGUUCCAGGAUCAGAGUCUAGCCCUGGUAACAGAAAUCGUAGGGCAUCAUGUGAUAAGGACACUAAUGGGAUUGCCACUGAGGUGCAGCUUUUGUCUUCCAUACGUCAUGAAAGUGGGAGGAAUGAAAUUGUUGAACUACCAGCAUCUCCCUGGGCGUCUAAGGAUGAUGAAAAUGUUGACAGUACUGAUCCUAAUAGAAGGGUUUUUGAGAGUGCACGGGUAAGAAAACAAGCUUCACAGCAGAAGUCGACUGUGACUUCUACCCCAGAUACAAGGAAAUUUGGUAACCAAAGAAGUCAGAGCCAGAGCAUUGUGAGAAGUAAGGUGUCCCUUGCACAUGUAAUUCAGCAAGCAGAAGGAUGUAAACAGCGAAAUGGAUGGUCAAAACGCAAAGCUGUUUCUAUUGCUGAAAAACUGGAACAAGAAAACCUGAGACUCGAACCUAGAUCAAGAAGCUUGCUUUGCUGGAAAGCAUCAAGAGUAACACGCCGCAAGUUUUCUCGUUUGAAAAUGAGGACUCGGAGACCACAUUCGUUGCUGAAGCUCGUGUCUUGUGGAAAAUGUUUGUCCUCAAAAUCUCCGAGGUAGGAGAUGGAAAUUUUGUGAUGUCUUGUGGAAUUUCAUUUAUAUUUCUUGUGUAAUCAGCCAUUUACUCGCCGUGUUGUCAAUUCAAUCUCUUAAUCAUUCGAUCCCUUGAAUAAAAGGAACAAAUUUGUAUUUUUAGUAGGAAGAAAUUAUUAGUGCAGCAUGUUUUAGUCA